GAGUCAUAGGGGGACACCUCAGCCCACUAUGGCCCACCGGCCACCGACCUUCUUAGCUGCGUUCACACGGAAUACUAAGUUAGUAACUAUGCUGAUCUAACCAAUCACAUGUGAGUAUGUUGAACAUAUUUUAAUUAUAAUACCAUUGACAUGGAAACACUAAACUUUGUAAAUAUAUUAGUAAGCAAGAUGAUUAUGAAUGAUAAUAACUCUCCCGUUCUAUUUUAUAUUUAUGAAUAUGUUAAUGAACACAGAGCUCCUUAAUACUCUGUCGCUUAGCUAUUGCAUCCUUUGUUAAAUUAAAAGUGUUGAAAUAUGUUAAACACUGAAAGUGUUAACUCCAAAAGAAGAAAAUCUAAAACGAUAGCGGACAACUCGAAAAAAGAAGUCGAAUCAAGACGUCCUUCAAGCGAUCUCAGCAAGACGAAUGCAACUGUUAAUAAUAAUAAUAAUAAAUCUAUUUCAUUUGACAAUUUUCAACAUAUAAUUUAUGAAAAGGCCGCGAUUGUUUAUGCGUAUUUGAAAGGUGAAGCUGACGCUGUUCUGCCAACAUUUCAAGAUGAGAGAGUGAAAAGAAGGGCUUACAGUCUUGCAUUUGGCGCUAAGAAAUAUGAAUCAGUUUUAAAUGAUAUUUUGCUUGACAGCUAUUUUUUUUCAAGCUAUUUUAAGCUUGAAUCUUACUACCGCAAUCAUGUGAUGGUCAUGCUUCUCGACUACCAACAAAAUAAUUUUCAAUUUGAUGAUGCAUCUCUAAAUGGAAAUCAUAUCCGAAACACUGACGACGAUCCUUUUCCACAUGUUACCGAAAUUCAAGAUGCUCUUGUUUCGUUUUACAUAAAAUUGAGAGCUUCUUUGGCCAGAAAUCGCAUCCGGGAGACAGCUUUAACUGUGGAAGAUUUACUCCCGAAAGAAGAAAAGGAGAAAAAUGAACACGUUUGCUAUCAACCUAUUUACGCUUACGUGAACACUUUAAGAACAACUGUUGAGGAAAUAUGUGGUUUGUUAGAACAGAGUGGGUUUGUUAAAGAUAACAACGCUGUGGAUUAUUCAAAUUUCUCAGGUCACCGUUUCUCAGUCGAUGUUCAUCUACACGACGUGAUCAUAUUUCCCCGGGAUGUAAAGUUUGAUGUUUACAACCAUGAUUUGGUCCAAUGUGGAUUCCUAGUUGUUCAGGACAAAUCAAGAUUAAUAGCACCUGAGGUUGUCAGAAGUGUUUUAUUUCAAUUGACUUUGGCCAAAGAGAAAGCUGCAUCAUUGAUUCCGGGAGAAAUCAGACCCAUAUUCAAUGAUGGAGAUGAUGUGAUUAUUGUUCAUUCUGAUUCAGUGAAUCUUAUUGCUCGUGUUUCAUGUUAUGUCCACCCACAACGAUCGCUGUUCGUAUUCGGUGUCAAGUCUUCCCAGUUUGAAGAAUUGAGAUCGAUACUUGACAUUCUUGGAGUUCAAAAUGUAGUUCUUCUGGAAGAUAAUUUUCUUGAUGUAUUACCAAAUGACGAUCGUUUUCGAAAAGUUCGUAUUGUGCUGUACAACGCUGCUUGCUCGAGAUCUGGUGUCAUUAGUCCAAUUGACUAUGUGUUACAAGAAGGAACUGCGUGCGUGCACGAUCUAGUGAACGGUGUUGAAUCUAAUAAACUACGUGGUUUAGUUCUGAAACAUCAGGAGAUCAUUAAGCAUGCCAUGAAGUUCUUCUUUGUGCAUUAUAUCGUCUACGUUACAAACUCUGCUUACAAGUUAGAGAACGAGGAUGUUAUUAAGAAUGUCAUCGACAGCAAUCACUCAGACAAGAAUACUUCCAACCCGUUUCUGGUCUCAUCAUUUUUGCCUGAUUUAACUGAGAAGUUAAGAACAUUCAACGCAAAUUCAGCUGAAUAUCCUCCUUCAGAAGAGAACCAUGUUACAGAUAACUAUUUAAAACUGAACGGGAAAAUGGGAAUAAAUGGUGGAUUUGUUUGCCUGCUCCAAAGACAGAAAUUGGUUGAUUCUGCGAACGAUGUAUUAGAAAGGGCAGCAAAAAAAGGGUUGAUGAAAGGAACAAAACGUGGCAAAAAAGCGGGAACACCAUUGUUCACAUCUGAUAAAAAUAAGCAAUUGUUGGAUGAAGUACCAAAACGACUCGAGAAUAUUUCAGUCGAAGUCGCCGAUGAAAAAGAGCCGAAGAUGACAGAUAAAGAUAGUCAACAUGAACGUACCAAAAAGACUUCAAUUAAGCCAUUUCAAUUUUAGUUCAAACAUGCAUACGUAUCCAUUUAUUUAUUAUUGCAUGCACCAUGUGAUAGUGUUGACACGCGACGAGGAAAAGAACAAAAAUGCAACGUUCCUCAUUUUGAUUCAAAUAUACAUUUCUUAAGAAACAAUUAUUGACAAGUUAAUGUCCCGUAAGCAUCUAUUAAAACAGUGUAAAUAUAUGUAAACCCAAAAAACACGUCAGAUCUUAGGUGUCAGAUAAAAUUCUGGUAAACAAGUCACUGCCAUCGAUGUAAAAAUAGCCCAGAUGUAUAAUUAUAUUCGUCUUGCAGUAUACACAGCAUUGAAAUCAGCAAGGCCUUAGUCAGUGGAAAAACAUAGCAAUUCU